ACGGAGCAUCGGCAAUGCCUUGAUUUGUGUCGGAGUUCUUCAUCAAUGGAGCUCUUUCAAGAGUGGCGGCCUUAAAACGCUGCGUUUCGUGGAGGCAGACAGAGUAAAAAAGUCUUCUUCUUUACUCUCUCUUUUUGUUUCUUUCUCUGCUUUCCUACAUUCGUCAAAGAUGCUAUUGUCCAAAACUCUGUUUGCUUUCCGAGAAAAAUCAAGGGAAAAAGAAACGCCUGAAAAUGGUUACCAGGAUUCAUCGCCAAAGCUACCAAGAAAAGGAGAAGGAAGCAUAGGCUCAUCAGAUUCCAGAAAUAUAACAGAGCUGCCAGUGGAAAUUCUUAUCGACAUACUGUGCAGACUCCCAAUCGAAACUCUCUUGUCAUGCAGAUGCGUGUGUACUACGCUCCGCCGCACAAUCACAUCAAACCCUCAAUUUGCUCAUCACUACUUCUCAAUAUCACCUGUCCACGCUCUUCUUUGUAUCGGCACUCGCGUCUCUAGAUUUCUCUGUUUGCUUCGUCUGGAAGAAGAAACCGCUGCUGAUCUACAUGUUCAAGUACCCAAACUCAAAUUUAGGCUCCCAAUCCAUAAUCUCGUUAUCUUGAAUUCACAUAAUGGUUUUCUCUGCCUAGGGCAUCCUCCACUGUAUAACCCUGUUAUCGUUUGUAAUCCAAUAACCGGCGAGUACGUACACCUUCCAUCAAGAACAGAUGGCUUGGAGGACAAGGAGAAUCGUAAUCAGGUUGUUUCUGGGUUUGGUUACUGUCCUAAAACCAACCAGUACAAGGUUGUAAGGUUGAUUUGUCGAAAGAAUAUAAUGACUGAAGUAUAUACACUUGGCGAGGAAUCAUGGAGGAGUGCUCGGCAUGCUCCUAAAGGCUCGCGAAAAUGGUUUUCAUCUGGUUUCUACUUUAAGGGGGUGUUCUUGAAUGGAAAGGUUCACUGGGUGUCUGAUGAAAUGCAAAGCUCAGAUUUCAUAAUCACAUUCGAUUUAGAAACCGAAAGCUUUGGUGUUGUACGGCCGCCGUCGCAUUUUGCUUCCGCUGAGUACGGGGUAAAGUGGAGAGUGAUCAUCGGAGAGCUGGGAGGUUGCUUGUUUUUGAUCGAUCAUAGCAGUUCUUUUCACUUGUGGAUAAUGAAGGAUUAUGGUGUGCAAGAGUCUUGGACUGAAGUGUGCGAUAUUGGUGAAUAUCGACCCAUCAUGUAUCUGAAGGAUGAGAAAAUAUUGGUGAAUUAUAAGAACACCAAGUUGGCUUGUUACGAUCCUCGAACGAACAUUGCAAAGAAUAUCAGGAUUUCUGGGAUUCCUCCAUACUUCACAACUGUUGCCCAUGUUCCCAGUUUCUACUCACUCAAGGAGAUUAUGAAGAAUGCUCAGUCUCAUAUUAAGGUGUCCAGAGAUUGGGAAGGGAUCAACUCUUUUGCCAUUUGAACAAGAUAAUUCAAUUGGAUUUCUAUAAAAUUUCAGCAACGAAACCGGGACACUGGGGAGCUGGCCUGCUUUGUGCCAAAUUGCUAUGGACCAUCCUUUCUGGGUGAAAGCUUUUGAAUCAGAAUUAAGCAAGCAGAGUAUUAGUGGAACUAUUAAAUUAUUUAUGAUGUAUCUCAUGUUAUAUAUAUGGAAUGAACUCUUGAUGUAUCUUUACAAUGAAUGUGGAAGAACCAAUGGUUUUUUUUUUU